AGAGCGGAGUUCGUGGCAGAAGUCAAACUGGUCUGGGACGCUGAGGAAAGCCACAGGACCACAUUCCCAUUGAACUGGAGCAGACAGUAGUCGUGAACGACGGAGCCUGGACCGCGUGGUGAAGAGAUCUUGAAAGCCAGAGUUACGGGGUUAACAUACCAGUGGAAAUCCAUCCUUACCAGUGUUCUAGAACCAUGAGCAGUAACUACAGUGUGUCCCUGCUUGGCCCGUCCCCAUGGGGCUUCAGACUGCAGGGUGGAAAAGACUUCAACAUGCCACUCACCAUCUCCAGGCUCACGGACCUGGGAAAGGCAGCCAAGGCACGUAUCGCAGUGGGCGAUGUGGUCCUGUCUAUUGAUGGCAUCAGCACUGAUGGAAUGAACCACCUGGAAGCUCAGAACAAGAUCAAGGCCUGCGCUGGCAACCUCAACCUCACCCUGCAAAGAGCCUCCACCGUCCCAAAACCUCCCGUGGCCCCGAAGGUCGAGCCAUCAGAGAUCAUUAAGCCUGUGGCUAUUAUCAGCCACCACCACCCCCCCUCCCACCACCAUCCCACUGAGCCCACCAGUCUUAUCCCCAGCGCCCCACACAACAAGACUGCCCGGCCCUUUGGGGGCUGCGGGAGAGAGGACAGGGACUACCCCAUCGCACGCUCCCCCCAUUCCGCCUUCAUUCCCUCUGCAUCCUCUGCCUUCACCCCCGCCACCCUAGCCCGCACUCCUCCUCCACCCCAGCCUCUCUUCCCUUUCUCCUCCUGCUCCUCACCCCCCUCCCUCCCUGCCGCACCCCAGCCCUCUGUCUAUAACACGCCCUUCAACCUCUACUCCAACGAGAACGCCUGCGAGGUGGCCAUGGGCCAGAGGCGGGGCCUAACGGAGAGCCAGGGCGGAGCUGCGCAGUUGAACGGGGUUCCUAGGAAGCCCAUUCUGGAGACAGACAUUGAGUUCUACCACGUGCCUUCUCAUGGAGACGCCAGCAAGAAGCGCCUGAUGGAAGACACAGAGGACUGGCGUCCCCGCAGUGGCACCACCCAGUCCCGCUCCUUCCGAAUCCUGGCCCAGAUUACUGGCACUGAACACCAGCAAGCACAGGAGAGCGAUGCGGAGAACAAGACAAACAGUUCCCAUUUGACACCACUAGAGGGCGAUGGUGACCUAGGAGAGAUUCAAGCCAUUGGGUCGGAUUGGGAAGCUAGUGAUGUCCAUCACAAUGACGACUCCUCUGCUACAGACCAAAUACAUACGGCUCCUCUCUCACCUAUUCACAGCUCCUCUCCAGUACAGCCACUGACACAUCUUUCUCCUGUGUCUGCAGUACAGCCACUACUCUCCCCAAAGCCAGUGAGGUACGGGAUUCAUACCAAUCUACUCUAUCCCAAUGUCCUUAUCAGUGUAAAGUCUGCUGCCCCCUUUCCUCUGUUCUAUGGGUGCAGGCGAGAGCUCCUGUUGAACCCACUGGAGUUCCUCCCUCGAGGUGGUCCCUGCCCACCGGCCCUCACCCCUAGUGCACCGACUCUGGCUAUACGGUCCCAUUCUACUGUUAUUGGUUUACAGGCCAGAACCCCGCACAGGUCACCUGAGGGGACGGUCUCUCAGUCCCUAUUGGAUGCCUUGCUCAUUACACCUAUCACCACCCUCCCGCCCCUCCGCUUGAGGAAGAAGAAGCGUCGGAGUGUUAGUGCCUUACACCUGCCCAACAACAAGAGAGUCUCCUGGCACCAAUCAGUCACUGAUCUGGGUGACCCCAACCUCUCCUCUCCUGUCAAUGCUGUCUAUAUCUUUAGUGAGGAGGUGGAGGAGCCAGACACCAGUUCUCACAUGUUGUCUGCAGUCAAGACCAUGACCAAAGGACCUGCUGGCAGCCCCAGCAACUCCAUCACCUUUACCACCACUCAGGGUUCAGGUUUCCCUAAACCAGGCCUUCAGACAUGUUUUGGGGUGAGGGGGAACGGCACCACCAAUGUUCUCCCUAAGGGCCCUGUCCCAGAGAGGCCGGCCCCCCAGCCCCAUCCCAAAGACCAGGACACUCUGGUGCAGAUGGCCGAACACAUUCCUGCAGGGACACGCACGCCCAUGUGUGGCCACUGCAACAUGGACAUCAGAGGCCCAUUCCUGGUGGCCAUGGGAAAGUCCUGGCACCCCGAGGAGUUUAACUGCGCCCACUGCCGGAUCUCCCUGGCAGACAUUGGCUUCGUGGAGGAGCAAGGCUCGGUCUACUGUGAACACUGCUACGAGGACUUCUUCGCACCUUCCUGUAGCCGCUGCCAGAUGAAGAUCCUGGGGGAAGUGAUCAAUGCCCUGAAACAGACCUGGCACAUCCAUUGUUUCCUGUGUGCAUCGUGCCAGCAGCCCAUUAGGAACAACACCUUUCACCUGGAGGAUGGAGAGCCCUACUGUGAAAGAGACUAUUACUCCCUUUUUGGUACCGGUUGCCAUGGUUGCGAGUUCCCCAUAGAGGCAGGGGACAAGUUCUUGGAGGCUUUGGGCUUCACCUGGCAUGACACCUGUUUUGUGUGUGUGAUCUGCUGCACCACUCUGGAAGGUCAAGCCUUCUUCUCCAAAAUGGACAAGCCUCUGUGCAGGAAACAUGCACAUAGUGUGGUGAAAAUCUGAGCAAGGACAGGAGCAGAUGGCGAGAGGAGAGCUGGAGGAAGAAGGAGCAGAUGGCGAGAGGAGAGCUGGAGGAAGAAGGAGCAGAUGGCGAGAGGAGAGCUGGAGGAAGAAGGAGCAGAUGGCGAGAGGAGAGCUGGAGGAAGAAGGAGCAGAUGGCGAGAGGAGAGCUGGAGGAAGAAGGAGCAGAUGGCGAGAGGAGAGCUGGAGGAAGCAGGCUUGGCUAGACGGGGAACUUAUGUUAUGACUGUUGAUGGUAUUUGGAUUAUCCCCUAAACACCUCAGUCAGGGAAAGUCCAGAAGAUCAGAGGGAUCUCCAUGGAUACAUCCCAAACGGUACCCUAUUCCCUAGGUAGUGCACUACUCUUGACCAGAGCAUGGUUGUAUCCAUGGAGAUCACUCUGAUCUUCUGGACUUUAUCUAACUGAGGUGUUUAGUUCUGGCGAUAAAGUGUUGUUUCCUGCUUUGUGUCAAGUAUGAUAGGGAAUAUGUAGUCAUAAUAAUCAUAUGUUGGGUGCUUAUACUCCUAUUUCUAUUGUCUAUAAAUGUAUCCAUGUAUACUCCCCCCCCUUCAUAGGAUUAUUGUGCCAUUCUACCAUUCUUCUAUAUGCUGUAAUGAGCAAGCUGCCUCUCGUAAUGAGACUAGACUAAAACGAUAUGUUUGUUUUGUUUUGAAUGGCCAGAAUCAACGAUGUGUAUAUUUUACAUGUACAUCUCAAAGAAUACAGUGUUUUGAAAAGCGGUAGAGGGGAUAUCGUUAAAGCUAAACCAUGCUCAUGCCCAUGGUGCAUUCAACUGUUAGAAUUGGUCCCAGUUGAAAAAAUAAAUACAUGGAAUUUUCCUCCCCCCAAAAAAACAUCUGCUUUUAGAUGUGGUGGUUUGACUGUUUGAUAUCAUUUCUACCAACGUGAUAGAAUCUACAUUCAACUUAUUGUAUUACCGUUUCCAAAAGCCAAGUUGUUGUUGGCUACCCAUCAUACUGUACAUGAAGGGAUUUGAGAAAUAAUGAUUGUAAAAUAAGUAUAUUUUUGAGGGGCUGUUUGUAGCCUGAGUUCCAGUCUGUUUCUGCUAUCACGCCAACUCAUUGUAACUCAUUGUGAUGUCAUGUCUCCCUUGACAAUAUAAUUGGCAAGACCAAAAAAACAGGCUAGCUGUUUCAUUGCCCUCGGAAAAUGCCUACACUGAGAGGAUGAGAGAAAACUGAAGAGUGAGGGGACAAAUCAAUACAUUUUCCUUAAUCUGUUUUCCCCUGAAGUCUCUUGAAGUCUCUUGCAGUGGAGGCUGCUGGGAGGAGGAGGACGGCUCAUAAUAAUGUCUGGAACGGAGUGAAUGGAAUGGAAUCAAACACAUGGAAACCAUGGAAACCACGUGUUUGAUGUUGUUGAUACCUUUCCAGCUAUUCCGCUCCAGCCGUGACCACGAGCCCGUCCUCCCCAUUUAAGGUACCACCAACCUCCUGUGGCCUCCUCCGUCUCAACAGAAUUAUUAAUUGAAUCUUGUUGUUGUUGAUAUGGAUGAACGGUACAGAGGACAAGGAGUAAACCAAGUCACAUAAACCAAGUCAUUCUAUGGUGAUUAAAAAAAACUAUGUUUAUUUAGCUCUUGAUUUAUUAUAUAGUUUGUUAUUAUUAAAAUGUCCAAAAGGUUAAAGUAAGGUCUUGGUCCAUACUGUAAUUCUCACAUCCUGAAAUCCUGUCAUUGGUAAUGGAGUGUAACAACCCUUCUCUUUUGACCUCAGCGGUCUCAAUUAGCAUUGGAUUGAACUGUAUGGCCUGUCAUAUGGCAUAUGUCACUGUUACAUGAAUGACUUAGCACCGCACAUCUUCUAACACUGGUUCUCACAGGGUUUAACGUUCACAUUAAGUGGCCUGUGUCGUGGAUACUGGCAGACACAACCCACUGUAGGCUACCGGAGUCAGCAUGUGUUCACCCCGCUGCCUUUCUGCCUCGCCAUCCGUACUUCAUUUCCUGUCUGUUCUUCACUAGUCUAUCUCAAUCAAAUUAUUUUCAAAAAUUAACUAAGGUAACUAAAAAACAAGGUAAAUAACAUUCUAAUUAGGUUAUUACCCUUUUUGUGAAAAUCACAUGAGGAGGAUUACUGGUCCUGUCUUUGCAAAUACUAUUGGUUAUCUUAACAUAUCAAUUAAGAUCUUAUAUUUUAAUUAGAUUGAUGUGAAAAUAUUCCUGUAAAAGCAUAUUUAAAGGUGCAAUACUCACCUUUAAAUAUGCAAUUCCUGGUUGCAAAAAAUUCUAAUAGUUCACCUAAUUUCUGUUUAUGUGACAAAACAAGGUAUCAUUGUGUAGAGCAUAAUUGUACUAUCUAAACUGCUGUGAAAUAUAUUUUCCAUAACCAAAAAGAGUGUAUUUUCUGCUGUUUGAAGCUGGUGUACAAAACUGAAAGUAAAAGAAGCAAAAAACAAACCAUAAGAAUGGUAAGCAUAGAAAUAGCGCACAUAGAAAACAUCUAACGCUUCUUAGACUUGUUUUCAAUGAGAAUGACAGAUCUAUAACUCACAUGUCUUUGUGAAUUUGGUCGGGUUGUCCAAAAAAAUGACAUAAUGCAUCUUUAAAAGCAUAGUGUAGUGGAAUCAUCUUCCUGUUCAUUGUUUUAACAAGAGUCAUGUAAUCACCACCAUGGCCCUCAAUGGGUUGUAUUUAUGUCUUCUGAAUAAAGAGAACCACACAAUUCAAUGCAUAAUGAUGUAAUCUAAAUGAAAAAAUAAACCCCCCCUGAAAUUUGA